AUGGAGCACUUCGGGGAAGGCCCCAGACAUAGUUAUCUCGAUCCUAGACUUUAUAAUGUAGUUAGUGUGCAAGGCAAUUCAAAUUCCGUCAAAAUCGACCAAGACCAAGACCGGCAAAUAAUCGACAAGUGGCUCAUGGACAAAGGUAAAUUCCAACUAAAUUCGUACUUUCCGGUUCGAAAAUUCCGAUGUGACGUGACAAUCAGCGGCGCUAAGCAGAUGCUGAAAAACUGUCUCGAAAUUAUCGAGAAGCUGAGUCAGACGCAGGAAGAACUCAGGAACAACGUCGACACGAUGUCUUCGCAUGAAUGGAAACAAAAAACCCUGGAUAUUGGUAGUUUGAAGGAUGAGUUUGAUAAAUCGUUGGUGGUUUUUGAGGAUAACACGGUGUUGAAGAGCUUGAAAGGGGUUAUUGUGAAGCGGUGUAAGAAGCGCAGUAAUCGUAGAAAGAGCAAAAAGAUACGACAACAAGUGCGCCAGACGAAGAAGGAACAACAAGCGAAAAUUCACAAGAGUAUCGACGGGUGGUUGGAGAGCAAAAAGGAGGAGGCGGAGCGCGUGAAAAUGGAAGAGAAAAUGAAGAAGGACGCGGAUUGUGUUUUAUAUGAAGUUACUAAGAAGAAAUCAGAGGCUAGAAAGCAGUUGUCAUUGAUAUCCGCUCUGGUGAAGUUGAGGAGCGUCAGGGACAACAUGGCCACUCAAAGGGGGGAAAGGCCCUCAUUGGAGGACCGAAAAGCGUUCGGAUUGGUCACUGAAAAACUCAUCCGCAUGUGGGAGAACUCUUACCAAAACUACUGCAAAGAAGAGCAAUGUCUCAAGGUCAUGCUCGAACACAACGCCACUGAAGACACGAAAGCCGCCAUCACCGCCAAGCAAACCCGGGUUGUAGACAGCUGGGAAAACUUGAUUUUUGGUCCAAAAAAUGACGCCACUACUAAUAAUUCUACUUAUUGGGCUCUGACCAGCGCCGAUCGGGACCUAGAAUCGUUCAUCGCCAUUCGGAAAAGUUGGGACACGUUCCUAACGACCCCAAGUCAGUCCGGUUCUGCCAUACCCAUCGGGUGGAUCACCCCACCACUCACCCCCAACGAAAGUUGGACGCCCUACUUAAAAGCUGAUUAAUUAUUCCCUGAUUGAUUUUGUAAUGCGUUUUUAAUAAAUCACUUUACUAUAAAAAGAACAAAAGUCA